AUGUCCAAAUCCACGUUGAACACGACAGGGCUAGCAACGGACCUCAGGUCUACCAACACAGUCGACUUCGAACAACUGCUUCUCUCUCCCAUUCCGGUCGCACCGUACACUAGAGGGGCGUCUCAACGGGAACCCCCAUCCACCCUUCGACCGGCUCUCAAGGAGGCCCUAGUGACCAACGACCACCUGAUCCCUGGUGCCGGCACCUACCGUGCUAUCCAUCCCCCGAACCGCAAUGAAUCUGUCCCCGUCAGUCAAUUCUGUAUGCUGUCCGUCACCCGGGCCAUGGUUCAUGCUCGCGCUCGUUCAUUGCGACACUUCCUUCCUAAUGGUCCUCUCUCAUACAACUCUUCUUUCCGACUUCCUUCAGUUCCUCCCUCCUCCCAAGAACUACCGGCACCUUCCAAAAACCACACAAGCACUCUGAUGACCAACCCGUUCCGCCAUCCGAACCUCCAAUUCUCACCACUAUUCUCCAAACCUCGGCGCUUCAACCCUAUUGGACCAAUCACCCAACGCAGCAUGCUCUUCUCCUUCUCCGAACCCAACUCUAUUGAAACCAAAGAUUCACGCGGGUGUGCGUGA